CCAGCUCCACAUUCCAAUCCCAUAACACACCGAAAAAGAAAAAGGGCGCCAGGAGUGUGGCACUGGGCAGUUGUGCUAACUGGUGUGCCAACUAACCACACAAUGAGCCGAUCUCCGGCGAGUCCGCCGACGUCGCAGCCGCAGGCGCCGUCGGCUCACGAUCUCAAGCAGCGAGUUAUUACCUGUCUUAACAAGCUAGCCGACCGGGACACGCUAGCUAUUGCCACCGCGGAGCUCGAGUCCAUUGCUAGAAACCUCACGCAGGAUUCUUUCUCACCUUUUCUCAACUGUAUCCAUAACACGGAUGCUUCCUCCAAGUCGCCGGUGAGAAAGCAGUGCGUCAAUCUUCUCUCUCUUCUCUGCCAUUGCCAUGGCAACUUCCUCUCCCCUCAUCUCUCCAAAAUGGUUUCCACUCUCCUACGUCGCAUCAGGGACCCUGACUCCGCCGUGCGAUCCGCCUGCGCCGUCGCUGCCGCCGCCAUGUCCUCCUGCGUCACGAAGCCGUCCUUCUCCGUCCUCUCGAAGCCUCUCAUUGAUACGCUUACGCAUGAUCACGAUACCAAUGUGCAGAUCGGGGCGGCUUUGUGCCUGGCGGCGGCUGUGGAGGCGGCGCCGGAUCCGGAAGCGGAGCAGCUGAGGAAAGUACUUCCGAGAUUGGGUAAGUUGCUGAGAAGCGAGGCUUUCAAGGCGAAGGCCGCACUGUUGGGGGCCAUCGGGAGCAUUGUGGGCGCUGGUGGUGCAGGGAGCAAAGUGGCCUUGGAUUCUUUAGUACCGUGCGUUACAGAGUUUCUGAGUAGUGAAGACUGGGCGGCAAGGAAGGCGGCGGCCGAAGCCCUGGGAAAAGUGGUUCUAGCGGAGGAGGAUUUGGCGCCUGAGUACAAGAAAGCGUGUUUAGCGGUUUUGGAAAGCAGGAGGUUUGAUAAGGUAAAGAUUGUCAGGGAGACCAUGAAUCGGACAUUGGAUUUGUGGAAAGCGGUUCCCGGUGAUUCUGAGGAGGUCUCAUCAUCUUCACCCCAAUCUAAGUCCUCUCCAAUAGAUAAUGGUGUCGUUGGAUGCUUCCCUCCGGUUAACAAGAGUACAAGUGAUGCUGGUUUUAAGACCCCUAGACCCAAGAAAACAGUCCCCACAGACAGCAGGUCCCCUCCUCCAUCUGAUUCUUCAGUUGUGACCACUGCCAAGAAAGAAGGCUGCUUAAAGAACAAUCAAAGAAAUGUCGUGUCCUCCAGGCUUGACCGUGGCAGAUCCUUUGGUAGCAGAGCUGGUAUUGAUGAACCGCGCCAUGCCACUUCUGAGAUUUCUUCUCAUGAAUCUCAUACACAAAAAAGCGAUAUCACAGUUAUGGAGGUGGGGGAAAUUGGAAACUCCAGGCCGGAAGUGAAGCGUGUACUUUUUAAUGAAAAAGUGCACAAAUUUGGUGGUCUGAAAUCUGGUUCUAGAGUGGUUCCAUGCAAUGAUGAUGAAAUCUCUGAUGCUGUUGUUCCCGGUGGUUCUGAAGAAGUUGAUGAGAACCAGAAAGAUGCAGAGGAUUUGUCUUUGAUCCGUGAACAGCUUGCUCAGAUUGAAACCCAACAAUCUGACCUAUUAGACCUCCUCCAGAGAUUUAUUGGGAGCUCACAGAGUGGGAUUCAUUCUCUGGAGUCACGUGUAAAUGGUUUGGAGAUGGCUUUGGAUGAAAUGUCAUACGAUCUGGGAUUAACAAGUGGAAGAAUUCAAAAUGGUGAUGGUGUAAAAAAUACAUGUUGUAAGUUGCCCGGAGCAGAAUUCUUGAGUUCGAAGUUCUGGAGGAGAACAGAAUGUCGGUUUUCUAAUUCGAGGUUCUUCUCUUCCGUGCACAUGCCGCCUGGUGCUGCAUCCAACAUGCUUAAUAAAGAUACCCAUUCUGAAAGUUAUAAAGCAGACAACCAAAGAUUUCAGCAAGAAAGUAAGAAUGCCCUUACCAUAAACAUGGCAGCUGAUGUUUGCAGAGACCUUAGGGGGCAUUCAGGUUUCUACACAAGUAGGAAAUCAAAAAAUGUGCCAGAUACGGAGAAUCUCCAAGUUUACAGUGCUGGCAGGCUUGAUGGAGCUUCAUCUGCUACAUAUAUGGCGUCUAUGAACCUGAGCGGCAGAUUCUCUGCUUGAAAUGAAGCUAACAUUUCUACUGGUUGAGAGACAACAUGUGGGUCAUCAAAACUGGAACAUGGCAUCAAACCAUAAUAUCUAAUGACUCGUGAAAAUGAAACCGGCUGCAGAAUCACUGAUGAAGAAGAGCUACCUUUGGCUUGUUAAACAGGACGAUAGGUUCCUUUUUCUAAUUUAUAAUUUAUAAAUUUUCAUGCUCUGGCAUCAUUUCGCUGAUGAAAGAAAUAUGGAGCAAGUCUUUGCACAUUUUAUAUACUUGCCCCCCUCCCCACAAUGAAUUCUCAUUGUUGCUGCUUGUGGAGCCAUUUGAGAGUAUAGAAUAGCUCGUUUCUGUGUACAUAGAAAUUUUCAUGCAUCUAUUUUUCCAAGUUGGCUUAAGUUAUUCCAA